AUGAAAGUUGGGAGGAAAGAGAAAUCCUCCGAAAACAACGAUGCUGAUGGAGUCCCCGUUGUGGAUGACAUUGUCAAGCCGGUGCAUGACGUGCCACACUUGCGGAGCAGCCAGCUGAAAAAAAUCCACGGCGCCUUGAAGAAGGUCAACUUGCUAGAUGGCAUGACUGAAAAGGCGAAAACAAUGACGUUCUUUUCCUUCAUCGAGAACGGCCCGCUCGAUAUGAUCAUGGGUACGAUCGUCAUAUCGAAUGCAGCUGUUAUGUUUGUUCAAUCCCAAUGGCUUGGCUCAGUGGCUUCAGAUGCUCUUGGCAUCACCACAAAUGAGGCUUCGUCGUGGGGCCCCAACGCAGGGCAAACUUUUGAGUCCAUUGAGACAGUGUACAUUGUAAUAUACAUGAUUGAGCUAUUGGUGCGCAUCCUGGUUCUUCGCUCCUCCUGGGCGUGGACUGCAGAGGGUGGGAUACAGUAUGCAAACUUGAUGGAUGCUGUCAUCACAACCAUCAGCGCGGUCUCCACCUUUCUCCUAUCUCAGAGUGACAUGAACCUCUCCGUCGCCAGAGCCAUACGGCUGCUCCGGCUGACGCGCACCCUGCGUGUUAUGAGAGUCAUGAUUCUUUUCAGACCGUUGCGAGUCCUGGCAUCUACAUUCUUGGCAAGCAUCGGCGCGUUGUUCUGGUCAAUGAUUCUUUUGAUGGUUCUGAAGUUCAUAGGCGCCCUUCUUUUGGCGCAGUCGCUGCACAGUUUUAUAUUGGAUGAGACAGAGGACAUGAUAGACCGAGUUUGGAUGUUCGAUUACUACGGAAGUGCGUGGAAAGCUGUUUAUUCAAUGUUUGAACUGACGCACAGUGGCGGCUGGCCAAAUUAUGCACGACCCGUAGUUGAGAAGGUGAGUAUGUGGUAUGCCUUCUUCUUCAUGUCAUACGUGACACUUGUCAUCUUCGCGAUUAUCAGAAUAAUUACCGCCAUUUUCCUCAAGGAAACGCUAGCAACUGCUGCUGGAGACGCAGCCCUCGCAGUGCAGGAGAAAGUUCGGUCGAAGGAGCAGUACGUGAGCAGGCUGGAGGACAUCUUCUUAGAAGCGGAUGAUGACGGAAACGGGGUCAUCACCCGUGCGGAGAUGGACAGAGCUGUGAGCAAUCCAGUUGUACUGCACUACCUCAGCAUCCUGGAGAUUGAGGUCCACGAAGUGGAGCCCCUCUUUGACCUUUUGGAUGAUGGGGAUGGGCAGGUGACCAUAAAAGAGUUUUGCCAAGGCAUCAUGCGUUUGAAAGGACAAGCGCGAUCUUUGGAUGUCAUCUCGAUCAUGCAUGAUGCGAACAUCAUCAUGACGCAGUGUCGGGAGGUGAAGCGAAGCCUCUCGCACAUUGAAGCUGUCCUCGGGGUCAGCAGUGGUGUCAACGACUCGCGGCGGGACAAGCUCCGAGCACUGGAUGACACGGGCUUAGCCAGCCAGAUGCAAACGAACGGGGAGAACUCCUGA